GGGCAUGCGCAUCACCUUCUGUCAAAGGCUGUCAUUGCGCCUGCGCUCCUUCCUUCUCUCCCCGCCAAGCAGUUCUUCUUGCACUCAGUCCGUCCACUUUACUAGCAAAAUGUUCGCUUGUGUCAGGCUUAUGUCCAACCCAUCCAUGGUGAGGAGCGGAGCAUGCCUGCUCGCCAGACCCCUCUCCACCUCCCUGCUGAGCCAACCUGCAGUCAAGACAGAGCAGAUGGCGCUGGUUCCAGCUCGAGGAAUUCAGAGCAGCGCUGUGUGCCGGGAUAUUGAUACUGCUGCAAAAUUCAUUGGUGCUGGAGCUGCCACUGUAGGUGUGGCCGGUUCUGGUGCUGGUAUUGGUACAGUGUUCGGCAGCCUUAUUAUUGGAUAUGCCAGGAACCCGUCUCUUAAGCAGCAGCUCUUCUCCUACGCCAUCUUGGGCUUUGCCCUGUCUGAAGCUAUGGGACUGUUCUGUCUCAUGGUUGCUUUCCUCAUCCUGUUUGCCAUGUGAAGGGUCUCCUGUCCUGCAGAUUCCUGUAUGUCCACUAGUGCUCCGUGGCUCUGUUUUUAGGGGUGGUUCCCUUGCCACAAGAUCUGCCCUGCCGGUGAAUGCUGGGAAAUUAAUAAAUUAAAGAACAUGUUU